AAUUCUUCAAGUUUCGUAAAUAAAUAAAUAAUUACCAAGGUGAUAUUAAAUACUUUGGAGAGUGACUAUUAAUUGGAAGUUACAUACGAGAAGUAACAUUUAAAUGGAUAAUAUAAUAGUAAAAAAAACAAUUGAAAUCAUUGAUGACUAUCCGAAUAAUGCUGUACUAAUCUUUGAAGCAGAAUGUCUAGAAGAUUUUGAGUGCGCGGGCGACGAAGUGCUUGUUGAGUCGUCGCCGCCUGCCUCACCGGACAUGGCGGCGCGGCUCGCGGCUCCCACACAGGGUGGCGGCGCCGGCGGUGGUGCGUCGCCGAGCGCCGUGCGUGAGCUCAUCGUGAUACCGGAAAUACCCAAUGCUAUACAUUUACAGCACGCCAUGCAACAGGUAACCAGUACUGUCGUGGAGGUGAAUGGAGACAGUUCAGGUCACUCCAGUCCCUCAGCUGAUGCUCAGCACACCUACAUCACAGUGGCAAGUGAGUUGCAGGGCGCUUGGAGCCACGGCGUCCACGUGAAGACCGAGGACCAUAGCGACCAAGAAAGUGAGGGUGGAAACGGCGUCAACUACCACGUCCAAUAUGUUACGGAGCCGCAAGAAAUAUACACACAAGGGCACCAGACACAUAUGGACCCGUUGCGCUCCUACCCUGUGUACGGAGUGGCGACCGUCGGCACUGAAGCGACUGCGGAAGGAACGUCUGCUGACAAUGGUUGGGGCGGUGCGUCUUCAGCUGAAUAUACCGCUUACGGCGUUGUGGUGGCCGGCGACGAGGCGGAGGCCCCGGCGUCCCCGGCCACGCCGGCGGGCGCGCCGCAGCCGCCGCGCAUGCCGCCCGCCACCGUGCAGUGGCUGCUCGACCACUACGAGACCGCCGAAGGCGUGUCCCUCCCGCGCUCGACGCUGUACGCUCACUACCUGCGACACUGCGCCACGCACCGCCUGGAGCCGGUCAACGCCGCGUCCUUCGGCAAGCUCAUCCGCUCCGUGUUCAUCGGGCUGCGCACGCGCCGCCUGGGCACGCGCGGGAACUCCAAGUACCACUACUACGGGAUCCGAGCCAAGCCGGGCGUCGAGCAGGACCACAGCGACCUGAGGGACGACAUCCUCGACCAGCAUGAUAACCUUGACGAUAAGACCGAUGUCAUGGAUCUUCAGGAGGGCCGGCGCGGGACGGGCGCGGGCGGCGCGCGCGCGGCCAGCAGCAGCCCGGCGCACGUGCACCGCGCGUUCCUGGGCCCGGCGCGGCCGCCGUCGCCGCCCGCGGGCCCGGCCGGGCUGGCGGGGCUGGGCGAGGCGGCGGCGGGCGCGCUGCGGCGCCACCACCGCGCGCACGGCGCCGCGCUGCUGGCGGCCGUGGCGGCGCUGGACACGGCGGCCCCGCUGGGCCGCCGCGCGCUGCUGCGCCUGGCCGCCGAGCGCGCCGGCCGCGCCUGGCUGCGCCGCGCCGACCUGCAGCUGUACCAGCGCGCCGUGGACCUGCUGCUGCCCGACGUGCUGCGCCCCAUCCCGCCGCAACUCACGCAGGCUAUCCGCAACUUCGCGAAGAGCCUGGAGGGCGCGCUGGCGGCGGGCGCGGGCGCGGGCCCGGCGGGCGGGGCCCCGGGCCCCGCUGCGCGCGCGCAGGCCUCUGCGGCGGCGGCGCUGUCGGCCGCGCUGCGCCGCUACACGUCGCUCAACCACCUGGCGCAGGCCGCCAGGGCCGUGCUCACCAACCAACACCAGAUACACCAGAUGCUGGCGGACCUGAAUCGCGUAGACUUCCGCGUGGUCCGCGAGCAGGCGGCCUGGGCCUGCAGCUGUGGAAGCGCCGCCACCGCGCACAAGCUGGAGGCUGAUUUCAAGGCCACGCUGGGCCGCGGCGCGUCGCUGGAGCAGUGGGCGGGCUGGCUGGAGGCCUGCGUGCGCCAGGCGCUGGCCCCGCACGAGCGCCGCCCCGACUACACGGCGCGGGCCCGCCGUCUGCUGCUCGACUGGUCCUUCUACUCCUCGCUCGUCAUCCGGGAGCUCACGCUGCGGUCUGCAGCAUCAUUCGGUUCGUUCCACCUGAUCCGGCUGCUGUACGACGAGUACGUGUCGUACCUGAUCGAGCGUCGCGUGGCCGCACAUCUCAACCAGCCGCCCAUCGCAGUCAUGCAACGCGAUCUGGAAAAUGACGACGAAGAUAUCCCUGAGGACCAGCUUCAGGACGAGCCUGAUGAUGAAGACCAGGACUGGGAGUGGGACGAUGACGAGGAGGAAGACGACGAGCCUGAAUGCAAGAAGGCCAAGCUGCCGGUCGAGUAGACCACCAGGUGGCAGCAGCGGGCAGGCGAGUAGACCGCAUAGGGAGAGAAGAACGAGAGAAAAAAUCAAUUGGAGAGAAGAUACGUAUACAUGCUACUGCACGUAGUUAUAUGAAAACUUACUACGGCUAUACUAAUACCUGUCAAAGAUGGAUGUUAAUAGAUAAUUUUCAAGUAGAGAAGAGAAAAUGACUCUUAAAAACAACUUGUUAGGACCUUUAGGUAAUUUGUGUUAGAGUUAAGAGUAGAGUCGAUUGAAUGUUUCUGGAUGACUAUCUGUCUCUAGAAUUAUUCAAUUCAAUUGACACUACUUAUUGACAAGGCUCAAUGCCCGGACAAUUGAAAUGGGUAAAAUAAACGUACGGGUUCAAAUACCCACAUAUAAGUCUCAAAUAAGAUUGAGAUUUUUAACCGGCCCUCUUAAAUCCUCUUGCUGGGCCUAACAAAUAUUCAUAAAAGAUAAUGAAUUCAAAAAAAAAUUUGGCUAAGUUUUUGUAAAAAAUCCCUUUAGGACCCAACUUAUAUAAAAUCAGGGUCAAAGUCAUUUCAGUGUUUACUCGUAAGAUAUUAAGUCUGCAUAUUUCAGUAUGAUUCAUGUAGAACUGAUUUCUCUUACUCAUAAUCUGUGGUAGCAUUAUUUAUAAGGUGUAUUAAAUAAUGGAUGGAUUAAAAAGUAACUCCUUUUCCAUGGAGGUUUUACCAUCACAGCGCCUACAAACUAUCGCUUGAUAUUCGUUUUCGAUGAAGUCCAUCAUAUUUAAGGUCAGUAAGUGUUAGAUGUUUAUAUUAUUGUAAUCUUGUAAAUAUUCAUACAUUGCAACGAAACUAGCGCAGACUUGUAACAAGAUCACUGUUGAACCAGGUUUCAUGCAUUCAAAAAAUGUAGACAUGAUUAUGAAUCAAUUUGUCUAUAGCUAGAUUUUGAUAUCUGUCUAAUAGUUUGGAGACUCAAAAGGUAUCGAAAUUAAUUUAAUUGUUAAUUUAUUCGAUUUCAUACUAUAGUCUUAUUGAUGGCAACAUAACGCCUAAUGAUGAUAGAUGACACUCAAUAUGCGAUCUGUUUUGAGUUGAUUAGAAUCGGUUGUGAAUAUAGGAUGCCUGCAUCGCUAGUAGUGAAAACUACCAGGAUAAGAAUAAUAUUUGAUAAAAAAUACCAAAUUGCCUUUCGAGUGCAAUUACUAAUAUAUUCAGGAUAGCGAAACAAAACAUUUAUUUUUAAUAAUAAUUUUAGUAAUUUUAUAAAAGACAGUAGCGUCGUGACGAUCACACGAUUUUCAACGUAUAUGCUUUCCUUCUCUGAAUUCUUACUGACAAUAUAACUCGUAAUAAUGCGAUUAUUAAUUAAUAACGGAAUUGUAUCUCUUUCCCUUGUAUCCAGGAAUCUUAAACAGGAAAUUGUUAAAUGAUUUUUUAAGAUAAUAUAUAAAAAAAAACAUUAGGUUAAGGUAUUUAUAUCGUAGGUUUUCUGGUCAAUGUUAAACAUAAUGUGUACUGUAAAUAAUAAAAAUCUUAGUAAAAUGUCUGAGCACAAACUCUUCGCACGUAUUUAUUAAAAGAAACGUAUCAUAUUGCCAAUGAAAAAGGACGAAAAUACUUGUAACUAUGUUUCAUAUACACGGCCAACACCGAAACUAAAUGCAAAUUUAUGCAAACUGGCAUAAUUAGCAGUAGUAGUGAAAAUAUUUUUUGUCUUAAUCAAUGAAAUGAUACCAGCAAUGUAUAUUUCGUUUUGUGUAUAUAUUGGUCCUGCCAGAUGUAAAAAAUGUUGUUGUUGAAUGCAUUUUUCUGUUGAUAGUAUUCAAUGUUUUAGUGUUUAUUUGCUGCCAUCCAUUUUCCUCGCGAUUACUUUAGUGGCACCUGUCCUUUAUAUUAUAAGAACGUAUAGUUAUAACAUUAAUAUUUCUGUUAUAAUGUUCACCUGAAUUAGUCCUUGUGUCCUUAUAUUAAUAAAUGUAGCAUAUUGUAGUUAAAUGUAAUUAAUGUUUAAACAUUUAUCUCUGUAUUCAUAAACAUUGUAUGUAUCUUGUAGAACUGUUUGUAAAUUCGAGUAUUUACUGUUAGCAUUCCAAUAAUAUUUAUUUUAGAAACCUGUUCUUAUAUGGUAUACAAAAAUGAGAACAGCUAAAAAUGACUUCAGCUAAAACCUUUUCUGGUUUAUUGCAAUUGUCAAUUGUAAGCAAAGUUUAUGAAUACAGCGGCUUAGAAAUAAGGUGUUUGGGCAAAUACAGAACCAAAGCUUUUACAUUGCCAGAGUAUAAUAAAACAUUAUUUAACAUGUAUAUAUGGAUUUACAAAUGUUUAAGUUGAAGAAUAAGAUGAUUUAAUUAAGUAUACCAAAGAGUUCAUUUUGCUAUACAACAUACAGAUAUUAUUUACACAACACAUGUUCGUUUUCAAAAUUAUUGCAUUUAUUUCACAUGUUUAUGUGUAGACGAUUGUAGUUAUGUUAUAAAAUAAAUUUUCUGCUAUAAAUAAUUCCCAUCAAUUCUAGGCCUAUAAAACAUCUAGUUUGUUCGUCAAACUAAUAUUAUAAUAAUCGGUGUAUAUAAGGGUAAAACGUAUACAUAGUCUUCAAAAAAAACUUUCGUAAAUGCAAAAUUCAAGUCGACGUAUAAAUGUUACCUUAUCGUAGCCUAAGUCACCCACUGUAUGUUACACGAUGUUGUUUAAAUAUAAGUAUAGUUAGUAGUAUACGAAUUAUCGUCACUAUAUAAUAUAUAUAUUUCGGAAUUACCAAAGUAUGUUGCAAUUUCAUUAUAUAAGUAGAUCAUUGUCAUUCAACGUUUUAGAGUCUAGUGUAUUUACCUUACCUACAUGUUGUAUUGACCAAUAAUAUAAAAAUUGUCAGUGAUUUUUAAGUAGAAAUAAUAUACACAUAUUCCGCAUCUCGAUAUGUGUUUCGGUAACAUAACUAUUUAGAUUAACUUGUUAGAGGUGUAAUAUUGUGAAAGCAAUGAGUUUCUAUGACAUUUUUUAUAUUACUGGCCAGUUUAGAGUAAGUUUACAAAUUGGCCUUAUCCGCAAGCUCAAUUUUAUAAGACAUUUUCUAACUGCAAUAGUUUUUUAAAUCUAUUUUUUGUUUCACUUUGCCAUGCCAAGAUCGUGAAUUUUAAGAAAAGUUAACUCGAUAAUGUUUCUUACAUUUUGGAACACUAAAUACAACAGUAUCUGUCUGCUGGGUCCAUGUUUACCUCCACGAGCUUGUGAGUAAGGCCACUGUACUGUUAGACCACAUCAUUCGAUGUCGUCGUUAUAUCAAUGUAUGACAAUAUAAAUGUAUUUUUCAUUAAACAUUUCCGGCUUUACGUACAUUUUAAGUAUAUUUUUUUAUCUAUUUUAUAUGAUUCAAUAAUGUUAAAGCAGAUGUCUACUGCCUUCGACGUUGCCUUAUAAAAUACCUCCGAUUGCUACGUUGUAUGGUAUACGCGCUGAAGGUUGUGUUGCACAGCAAAUAAUAUAACCUGAUGUUGUGAUUCGUUUCGGUUUAGUAACGUGACAUUGUGAAAUUAUCCAUCCGAAGUGUAACUUAGCUGAGAGGAGUAUAUUUAUUGGAGGAGUGACAAUAGUGCUGCGUCGUCUGGGACGUGACCCAACGGCUCACCAGUGCCUAAUAUCUUAAAAUUAAAAAGAAAUAGUUUAUUUUAAAAAUAUAAAGUAGACAUACUUAUACAAACAUCCAAAUGCCUUUGGGAUAGUAAAAUAUUCUCACCCAAAAUUGUAAGUUAUUUUAGUCGUUUUUAUCAAAAUGUUUAUUUAUAUUUUUGCAUUAUGUAUAUCGCGGAAUUGCACUUUAUAGUUAUAAUAUGUGUCUUUGUGGGCAACACUCGAGCGGGCCGCCAGUAUGGCUAAUGCUCGAGUGAUGUUCACAUAUAAAUGUUUGUACUUAAUGAAGACCAUUAUUAACUGAAUGUAAUCGUUUAGAUUUUAAGAUAUCUGUAAUGAGUGUCUUGAUUAUACAGGCAAACUGUAGCUGAAAGUACUUCUUGAUAUCUCCAUUAUAGCAUUCCCAUACAAAUACCCACAUAUCUAUUGUUAGUUAACUUUUUACAUUAACGUUCUGGUGGAGAGACAGGUUUUAUGUGUAUAUUCACAUGGGAAGUGGAAACAUACAAUUUCGUCUGAGCUGACUGUCGUGACUAUACAAAUAGUGACAAGAAUGACAAUUGGUCGUUGAAAUAUUUGGCUACAGUAAAACAGUUGGUCUGACACACGAGCUUAACAUUUUGUACCGACUUAGAUAAGUCUAUCAAUAUGUUAUUUGUCAAAAAUGUUACAACGAACCGUUUGGGUAGCAUUCCUGUAAUACAUUUGUGAAAUUAAACUUCUGAUUGAUAGACCUUACAUUAUCAAAAUUGUAGUGAAUAAUUGUAGUAAAAACUUUUUAAAGUUUCAUAUUCUCAUUGUCUGUCAAAAUAUAUGUCUAGUCAUACUUGCGCAGGAGUGCACCCGCUGCCCAUAUAGCGAUGUGUUAGGUUAGGAUGUGAUUAUCUAAUUGUUGUAAUCAUUAUGACUGUAGCAAGAGCUCUGACGUUUGUAUGUGGAUCAGGAGAAGAUUAUGUGUCUGAGAAUAAAGCUAGUCAUGUGUUUA